AUGGCGUCCAAUCAAACUAAGAAAUGUAGUUUGACGUGUCAAAAUGGUGGUUUCUGUCAGAUGGUUAGAGAGGUUAUGCAAUGCAGUUGUCCACCAGAAUAUACAGGCAAUCAAUGUGAAUCAGCAACAUCAUCUUCAUCCACCAGUCCUCAACCUCUUGAUGAUCCAGCUCAUACUGAAGAUGAUGGGGACAGCAAUCUAUGGAUAAUUGGUCUCAUUCUAGGAUUGGUUCUAAUUGUUGUUUUUGUUAGUGGUUUAGUUUACUAUCUACGAUCCAGAAACAAGGAUGUUAGUUUAGUGAGCAUGAUAAAAUACCGGAACCCCAACCUGGGUAAACGUUGUGAGGAGGUAGAGGAACUGGUGCCUGAGAUCAGCUUUAAUAAUCCUAGCUUUCAGGAUUGUGAUGAUAAACCACCACUACCGCCUAGAAACACUCCCAUCUGUCGUAACUUAUAUAAUAUUACUCCUAAAAAUCAUGUUGAUAGCAAGCUGGAUUGUUGUCCUCUGGGUGAUGAGGUGCUGUGGGUUCGAAUCCUCAUGGUGAGCCAAGACCAAGCGACUGGAGAUUGGUGGAUGACAAUAAUGGAUAAAACAACCAGGCAAUCUGUAGACUCGGCCUUCAUGUCUCGUCAUAGCUUCUGUAGUAAUAGCACUGGUAGUCAAUAG